UUUAUAUUCGUCGUUCCAAGAAUAUGUGUAUAUUGGGACACAGUAUCAAUAAACAUUAGUGUAAUAAGACAAAUAAUGUGACAAUUAGCUGAUGCAGCUGUUUUUGUGUUCCGAUUGGUUUUGUUUGAUUAUAUUGUGAAGAAUAUUGGAUCAGAAGUAUCAAGCAUACAAUUGGAAAUAAAUGAGUAUCGUCUGGUAGAUAUCUGCUGCUGUUCAUAAACUCUGCACAAAUACAAAAAUUUGUGUUACAAACAAUCAUCGUGCAGUUUCUAUUUGCAGUGGUCCCAAAUAUAGUUGGUGUGUUGAUACUUUUACAUAAACUUAACAUUGAAAUAGAAACGAAGGCAGUCUGUUUACAGUAAAAUGACGAACAUGAGACCACCGAGCAAAAAUGUAUUACUAAAAGUUGUGAUCUUAGGUGAUGGCGGGGUUGGAAAAAGCUGUCUGAUGAACCGUUUCGUAUCAAACUUUUUUGAUGCGAAUAGCUUUCAUACAAUUGGAGUUGAGUUUCUAAACAAGGAUAUCCAAGUGGACAAAGAAAGAUACACGCUGCAGAUUUGGGAUACGGCUGGUCAGGAACGAUUCAAAGCACUACGCACCCCAUUCUACAGAGGAUCUGAUAUUUGUUUGCUAGCCUAUGCUGUCAAUGACAAGGCAAGUUUCAGAGCGUUAAUUCAAUGGCGAGAAGAAUUUUUGAAGUACUACGAUGUCAAGGCCGACAGAUUUCCAUUCAUUGUAGUUGGAACUAAAACGGAUAUGUCACCUUCGCAACGGCAGGUUACCGCCGAAGAGGUAUCCGAGUGGUGCCAGCAGCAUCACAUUGCAGCAUUCAUUGAAACUUCGGCCAAAACAUCGGAAAAUGUGUAUGAAGCAUUCGCACUUGCCGUGAAGCAAUGGCAAAAGCUGGAGAAAAGCACAGAGCGAGAACUGCGCGCUCAAGGUCAAGAUACCAUAGAUUUGACGAAAAGCGUUCAUCUCGGUCCUAAUACAAGCAGGUUCUGCUGCAUUGGAGGAAGCAACAAUGGGAUGUCUACUCAAGAAGAUGACGAUUAUCCGAACUAGUCGGGAGACAAUCCGGCUGCUAGUUCCCAAAUUGAUAUUAGAAAUAUGAGACCGUUGGUUGGAAAUUGACAGGAUGUGAUACGUGGAAACACAAACAGAGGUCUAGAAUAGAGCAAAACAAACUGGUAAGAUAUAUACUCUAGUAUUUUUAUACUGCAAUAAUUUUAUACGCCUUUCCAAAAAUGUGAAAUGAACACAAGGAGCACAUCCAAAAAAAAAAUAAUGAAAUUUGUGUAUUGAACCAAUUGAUUACACAGCAUAGCACAUACUAUCAGCUCCAAGUACAACACACAUAAGCAUUGCUAUUGUAAUAUAAUUUUUGAGUUCAACAUCUAAUGCAUCACAUGCAUUCAGAGUUUAAUGUUAGGUAACACGUCACCAGGAAGAACCAUGAGCCAUAUAGAUUUAACAAGAACAAAAUGUAGACAGAAUUGCAUUUUUUCGGUUUGUUGAAAUAUUGAGAUGAUAUAUACAUUCCUAAUCGGUACAUUUCUUGUUUUGUAAAUAGGUUUUUUUUCAAUUAAGACGACAUGUAUGAUUUAAUUUAUUAUGGCUUCAGAGAAUUUCAGUUUUUUUUUCUCAAUAGCGCUAUUAUUUUAUUUUUGCAAUUAUUCUCUUUCAAUUAAUGCAAAUAUUGCUUGGAUCUGAUUGGGAUUAUUCAAAUCGAUAGUACCAUACAACAGGUGCUGUUUGCAUCUGCAGUGCAUAGUAAAACAAUCAAACUUUUAUUCUCAUUAGAUAUGGAUCAGAGCAUACAGUAGAUAAAAUAACGGAAGAGAGAUUGAAAUAAUACUAAUUUCAAUAAAGGUUCUACCUUUUUUUAACA